AUGUUCAAGAAAGAUUUGACACCCGGCGCCAAAAGCAAGGUCAAGUCGUCGGCCCAGCGCGCCAUUCGCGCAAAGGCCAUUGAGACCUAUCCCCGCCUCGAGCCUUAUAUGGAUGAGAUCAUGCCAAAGAAGGAGCAGAUUGAUCUCGUCAAGGUACCCGACCGCGUCUCCCUCUACGUCCUCGGUUCCACCCCUCUCUUCUGGCAACAUAUGGACGACCCUCUUAUACCUCACCUCUCCCUCGUCCACAAGUACCCUCAAUGCUUUGACAGGAUACGAAUCGAUCGUGGCGCCAUCCGUUUCGUUUUGUCAGGUGCUGCUCUCAUGGUACCUGGUCUCACAUCUCCCGGUGGCCGCCUGCCCGAUCCUUCAGUCAGUGAGGAUGAUAAAGAGGCCAACGAUGGUUACGGAGGAAAAGAGUUGCAAGCGGGUGAUAUCGUAGUUGUAGAGGCAGAAGGUAAAGAGAGUGCCUGCCUGGUCGGUGUUUUGAAGAUGAGCACCAAGGACAUGAAGGAGAAGAAGAAGGGCGUUGGUCUCGAGAAUGGCCAUUACCUUGGUGACGGCUUGUGGAACCUGUCUCUUUAA